AUGCAGGAAGCUCAGUAUCUCAGCUGCCAGCCGUGCCCCAUUGGCACAUUCUCGGAGCAGUUUGAUGACGCUCUGGGCGUGGCUUGGUUUGUUUCGGCAGAGAGCGCCUGCCGCCAAGAGUCACUUCCCGUCGCCACGGACUUCCCAGGUGUGGAUGAACUCAUGGUAUGGAGCGGCACCUACAAGCCAAUGCCGAGCCGUGACAAAUGCUUGCCAUGCCCCUUCGGCACCUUUCAGAAUGAGACCGGCUCGUACGAGUGCCAGAGCUGUGCCAACGGCACAACAACGAUGGGACCCGGCUCCAACACUUCACUGGCUUGCGGCUGUCUCCGGGGAACCAUCGAGGUCGAGAGAUCAGGUCUCAAUGUCACGUGCGUGCCCUGCGGGACUGGGUUGGAGUGCCCGUCGCUUGCUACGCUCGAAGGCCUCCACUUCCAAAAGAGUGGUUUCAAUCCAGCGGGAGAUGUGCCGCACAUCCUGCCGGGCUACAUGAGCCCCGAUACAGCAGCCCUCAGUAUCCUCAAGUGUGGGAAACUCACCGAGUGUCCGGGUGGCUCCCCCGCACGCUGCACCGGUGGCCGUGUGGCGGAUCAGGUUUGCGCCACCUGCCCCAGCGGCUGGAGGUGGGCCGGCAGGGAGUGCGUCCCCUGUGAGGUGUGGUUGAUCGUCCUUUGGGCCGUGGCCUCCAUUGCCAUCUUUUUGGCGAUGCCCUUUGCCGGAUUCCGGCGAGCCGAGUCAUCUCUGAGCGUAUUGCGCGAUCUGCAGUUCACUGUCCAAGAGCUUAUCUUCCUAGCGAUUCAGAGCCUGCAAGUCUUCGCCAUCAUCCGGCAGAUUACUGUCGAGUGGCCGUCGGCACGCUCGGACGUGCUGCUCAACACCAUGUUGAUGGGCAUUUCGGACUUGGGCAUUUCCUGCAUCGUCGAUUCCCAGCCUGCGGAGUAUGUGCUUCAGGCAUCUUUCCUGCCGAUCGCCUGUGCCUGGUCUUGCCUUUGCAUUUUUCUCGCCACCCACGUAUGCAGAACUUCGAUGUUCUCGGGCUCCGCAGUCGUGAGGAGCAUCAACACCGUUGGCCUUGUCAGCUUCGUGUUCUUCGAGAUGGCAUGCAAUAUGGCACUCGCGCCGUUCACCUGCUAUGCCCAUCCUAACGGCAAGCACAGUGUGCGGCAAUAUCCCAGUGUCUUCUGCGACACCGCCGACCAUACUGUCAUGAGCAUCAUGGGAGGCAUCUUGGUCGUCCUGGUGGUGGCAUUUCUGACUGCCUGUGCUUGGGCGGUGUGGCGGAUGCCAUAUUGGACUCUCCGGGAGGACAUGCGUGAGCGCGUGGCCGCAUUUCGCUUCGUGAAGGAGGGCUACAGACUGGAUUCCUGGUGGUACGGUGUGCCCGUGCUUCUCACGGGCCCUUUGCUGUCCCUCCCUGCCGUGGUCGCUCCGGACGACCCUGCCACCCAGGUAGGGCUUACCACCUUGAUUCUCUUCACGCAUUUGCUGCUGCUCCUGCUAUGCUGGCCGUGGAAGGUCCCGGUGAUGAACGUCAUUGAAACGGUCUCCGUGUCAGGCGCGCUUUUCUCGGCAAUCAGUGCUGGCUUCUUCCUCCCGACCGGCUCCGAGACCUCCUUCCCAAGCGCUUUCUCACUACUCACCCGCACGGUUGUCUUCGCUGCCUUCUGCUUGGCCUCGGCGUUGAUCAUAAUCGGAUUGAUCGCGGUCAAGUGCUAUGGCAGGACCCGUCGGUUUGUCUGGAUGGACCUUAUGAUCAAAAGCGAUUUUCAGAACCUCCACGAUGGCCUCUUUAGCAUCAUGGAGUCUUUAGCCGAGAUGUCGGAAGACCAUUUGCUUGCGAAGAUGUCGCGCAUGCAGCCUUUCGAUCAGAGCUUGCUGAAGAGCUGCAUCUGCAUGCUCUCUAUGGAGGUUGUUCCACAUGACGCCUUCCGGACCUCCAUGCAGAUGAGAGCGACCGCCCGCAUCAGGUCUUCCUACCGAACCUCCUACAGCCUCGAUCGGCUGGCAGAGACCGGUCUGUCCGACGACGAGGAGUCGGACAGGAAGGACGAGCGAAGCGUGGAGGCGACAGAUUCUCCGGAUCCAAGCGAGGAAAGUUCUGCAGGUAAGUCCAACAUGCGUGUUUGCCACGUCUCGUUCUCGCCCUCGAUUGGCUCCACACAGGAUGAGGAGGGCUCCGGCUCGUCGCCAGAAGUUUUCAGUGAGGAGCUGUGA